CCAAUGUGUCAUAUAAUUACAUCUCUCUCCAAUGUUAUCAUUUCAACUCUUUUCACAUUCAGCUCUCUAUCAACUCUCUCUAGAUUCCUGGAGACAGCCAAAGAUAAUUUUGUGUUUGCAGAAAACAUUGUAGAAAAAGAAAUGGAGAUGAUAACGAAUGUUUCGGAAUACGAGGUCAUUGCAAAGGAAAAAUUGCCCAAGAUGGUUUAUGAUUACUAUGCAUCGGGUGCCGAGGAUCAGUGGACUCUUAAGGAGAAUCGCAAUGCCUUUUCGAGGAUCUUGUUUCGACCUCGCAUUCUAAUCGAUGUUAGCAAGAUCAACAUGAUGACCACCAUUUUGGGGUUCAGGAUUUCGAUGCCGAUCAUGGUUGCUCCGACUGCUAUGCAGAAAAUGGCUCACCCUGAAGGAGAAUGUGCAACAGCUAGGGCAGCUUCAGAUGCUGGAACAAUCAUGACACUAUCGACAUAUGCAAAUUCUAGUGUGGAAGAGGUCGCUUCUACCAGAUCUGGCAUUCGGUUUUUCCAACUCUAUGUACACAAAGACAGGAACCUGGUUGCUCAGCUUGUGAGAAGAGCUGAAAGGGCUGGUUUCAAGGCGAUUGCCCUAACGGCAGAUACUCCAAGACUCGGCCGAAGGGAAGCUGAUAUUAAAAAUAGAUUUAAUUUGCCACCAUAUUUGACAUUGAAUAACUUUGAGGGUUUGGACCUUGGCAAAAUCGAUAAGACUGAUGACUCCGGACUAGCUUCGUAUGCUGCCAACCAAAUUGAUCAGUCACUCAGCUGGAAAGAUGUGAAGUGGCUUCAAACGAUCACAUCAUUGCCGAUUCUAGUUAAGGGUGUUCUUACCGCUGAGGAUACAAAGCUAGCUAUAGAAGCUGGAGCUGCAGGGAUCAUUGUAUCCAAUCAUGGAGCUCGCCAGCUUGAUUAUGUACCAGCAACUAUUAUGGCUUUGGAAGAGGUCGUUAAAGCAGCACAAGGUAAAGUUCCGGUUUUCCUCGAUGGAGGAGUUCGGCGAGGAACCGAUGUCUUUAAGGCAUUGGCACUCGGAGCAUCAGGAGUAUUCAUUGGAAGGCCAGUGGUAUUUGCAUUGGCUGUGGAUGGCGAAGCUGGUGUUCGGAAAGUGCUUCAAAUGUUACAUGACGAAUUAGAGCUAACGAUGGCAUUAAGUGGUUGUCGAUCGCUGAAGGAGAUUACUCGAAACCACGUUGUCGCUGAUUGGGACCAUCCUCGGGUUUUGCCUAGGUUAUAAGUUGAGAGCUCUUAUAAAUUUGCACAUGAUCACAAAUGGAGUCUUAUUGAUUCAUUAAAUGAUCAAAAUCCCUUGAAUUGUUUUAAGUUCUGAAGGUUUUGAAUGAUUUAGUUUAUGCAAUUGACAAUUUGUGUUUUUAUUUUCUCAGUGAUCUUAUUUGAUUAUGUAGUAGAAAA